CUUCUACGGACCAUUUUGAUGUCUUCGGCGUGACAUGCUGUCUCUGAAUGGCGACUAGGAAAUCAUCAUUGAUACUAUUUUUAUUUUGGUUUGCAGCAAAUUGUUGCGCAUCUGCGAUAUCGUCACGACGAUCGGUCAUUCGCACAUAUGCUGCUCUAGGAGAUUCUUACGCCGCCGGGGCUGGGGCGGGCCAUCUGAUAUUCACGCCGGGCUGGGGCUACGGUUGCGGCCACUGGUCGGAUGCAUAUCCUAUUCAGAUUGCGAAUGAUUCAAGAUUGGGCGUCGAUCAGUUCAGAAACCUCGCGUGCGGUGGUGCCACCAGCAGCACGGUGCUGCAUGACCAAGUACCGCACAUUGCCGAUUCCGACAUUGUGAGUAUCACGGUCAGCGGUAACGAAGUGGAAUUCUUCGUGGUGCUCAACGAGUGCGUGUAUCACUGGUGGACAUCUUCGAGCUGCGAGGCCAAGCUCGUCGAGGCCAGAAGGCGCAUUGAAUCCCAUGUGCUAUGGGACAACUUUCAAGCACUGGUUCGAGGCACUCUCGACAGAAUGAAACCUAGAGCAUUGUUGUUGUUGACGGGGUAUGCGAGGUUCUUCAACGCAGAAACCAAUAUUUGUGAUCAUGUCACCUUCAGUCGAACGAGGCCGCUGGAUUACCUUAUCAAGGAGAAGAGAAGAGCUUUGAAUCAACUAGUCGAUAUGCUGAACGAUGUUAUCCGGGCGACCGCGGAAGCUUAUGGGGCUGUGUACGUCGAUAUAGAUACUGCGUACGAGGGUCAUCGAUUCUGUGAGGACGGUGUUCAAGAGCCGGAUCUGGGAAGAGAUGAGACGUGGUUCUUCAAUCUUCCUCCGACUGAGACCGACGAGGUUUUGAUGCAGCAGGCCUUGCAAAUUGGCAUCUGGAAUCAACACGGAAGCAGUAGCGGAGUGUCAAACAGCGACUUUCUUAACGUUGAGAGAUGGAGGGUUUUUCAUCCUACGAGCCUUGGACACAGAGGCAUCGCUGAAGUGUUGGUAGACGAGGUCGUUGCGCGCACGGCGACGAGUGUUUGAUCUAGCCUUACUGAUGAGAACGUAAAAGAAGGUUGUAGCUAGUACUACUCCCUUUGAUAUCACGGAAGGGGUUGCAAUCUCUCA